AUGUUUCUUCUACUAACUAUUGCGUACUCAUCAUUUGCUACAACUUCUAACGACGAGGGACAUGAGUACGUUGACUACGGAAGACUGCAACUUGGAGAGAAUGGUCAAGGCAACGUUAAAUAUACUCUUAAACCUGCUUCUUCCUCCAGUACUGGACAGAGGCAUAAAGUCAUCUGGAGAGGUGGAGCUAGUUACCCUGGCUACAAAAGAUAUGACCAAAAGGAUUGGGCUAAGAAGGUGACCUCGAGCCCUCGAACUUAUGCAACUCCCUCGCCUGCAAGGCGGGGGCGAACCCGGAUUACUGUUCCUCUGCGCAACAAGCAACGUGCCAAUGAUAAGAAAUAUCGUGAAGGUCUCCUAGAGCUUGCUGAUCUUGCAUAA